GGCUCGGCUGGUGGCGGCGCCACGCGGCGAGUGUGGCGCGCUCUGCCGCGCCGCCAGUGCCGCGGCCGGACCAGUGAGAGGCGUGACGCGGCCGGCGGCGGACAGCUGGGCGGCCAGCCGGCGCCGCGCGUGGGAGGAGGCGCCGCUCAGUGCCGCCGCGAUUGUGACCAAAGCUGACACGGGACGGCCGGUGUCCCGAGUGAGUGUGACGCCGGGCGUCGGCGGGGGUGCGCGGUGCAGUGCGGUGCGCCGUGCAAAAAGGUGUGUCAGUGCUCACCCGGCGGGGUGCUGUAAAAAACGCCGACCGCGCCCGACUGGGCGGAGGCCGGUGCCAGCGUCAGUGUGUGCGUCUUUCGCGACCGUCCGUCUCACUGCGCCUGGGUGGUCCGCGCAGCCACCCUGGUAGCGCAACAUGAAGAAAAUCUUCUCUCGGGUGGCACACGCCUUCAAGCACGAUGCGGGGGCCGAGCAGGAGAGUGCGGGUGAGGCCGCUCCGCCGGCGUCACCGUCGCCGGCGGCUGUCGAGCCCGGCGAGCACGCGUCACUAACCUCUGUGGACAGUGGCGUGCUGGUGGACGUGCACGAGCCGGACCGGAGUGCGGGCGGCGCCGGCGCCGCGGCGGGGGCGGAGCCGGUCGCUCCAGUCACGGACCCGGUCCCGGAAUGUGCUAAGCCGGCAGCAGGGGACGGUGCCGACGGUGCAGCGCCUCCAGAGGUCGGGGCGACACCGGACGACACCUCACCUCAGACCGCCGGAGGCGCGACCCAGGACGGUGGUGAGGGGCAGCUGCCGUCGCCGUCGGCAGUCUCAGCCGCGAGCACCGCCGUUCAGGGAGAGGAGAGCCCUCCUGGAACUGAGGAGCAGGGUCAGUCACCGUCGGAGAGUGUGCAGGAGCAGGACACUGCGACUGGAGUGUCACAGGAGCAGCUGGAGCCCUCAGCAGCUAUCGAUGAGCAGGAGCUUCAAGCUGCAGCGGCCCAGGAGGCUCAGGAGACUGUGGAGGCAGUCAACGAGAAGUGGCUCAUGGCUGGAGUCGAGGAACCGACUGCACCCACACAGGAACAGGAUUCCGCCACACCAGUACCUCAGGAGCCGUCACAACCCACAGCAGUCGCUCAGGAUCAGGAGAGUGCGUCUGGAGCGGCGCGGACCGGCCAGGAGCCGGCGGCUGUGGAGCGGCCGUCCGGUGACCUUCAGAGCGGCGGCGGCGGGGCGGCGGAGGCCGAUAGUACCGGCCCCGGCCAUCCGGAUCGGCCGGGCUCGGCCGCCGAGCCGGCGCCGCAGCCGGAGCCGCUCCGGCGAGAGCACGCGGAGGCGGACAGUGUGAAUAGUGGGCAGAGCGGCCGUCAUGCGCCCGACGCUGGGAGUGUGACUGUGGAAAGUGCACAGGUGGGCGGCGUGGGCGAGGCGGGCGAUGCGGUGGCCGCGGAUGGACCGUGUGCGAUGGAGGCAGAGUGUGGGAGCGGCGUGACAGAGGGGCCGACCGUGACGCCGGAAACGGCGGCGACAGGUGGGACGUCCGUGACGGAUAGUGACGGUGUGCUGCUCGAGACCGGCACUGAAGAUACGGCCGAUGACCUGGAUGGCAAGCCCAAGGAGAAAAAGAAGAAACGCAAAAAGAAGAAGAAAAAUAAUCCGGAAGAGCCGACGUCAGUCAGUCUUGUAGCUGAGGCUGUUGUGAAAGAGGCUGACGAGCGUGAACUAAAGCCUGCUUCAGCUGAACAGGCGACUGAAAAAGCCAGUGACAGUGUGAAAAAGGCCGCUGCCCAGCCGUCCGACCAGACAGUUAGUGAUGACUCUGCACAUUCGAAAACUAACAAGACCAAUACCAAAGUCUCGAGUCGGCUCACAGCUGGAACGAAGGCCUCUGCCGCCAAGGCGAAAAAGUCGCUGGCAUCCCAAGCAGCCAAGAAACUGUUGGAUUCCGCUGCCAAUAGGAACGGUCCGGCAAAGGCGAAAUCCACUCUGGCAAAACAGCCCACAGCUGAGGGGUCCGGUAGCCGGUCCAGCACGCCGACGCGGCCACUCCAGAACCCGGCCAAGUCGCGGCUGAAGACGCAGCUCUGUAAGGAGGCGUCCAUCGAGAGCAACGCGUCAGCAUCAUCGGUGGGCUCCUCGACGGCUCGGUCAACACGCACCGGUAAACGGAGCGGCGCGGCCGGAGCUGAUAGGGGUCGGGGUGCGGCCGCCAGUCCUGUGGACAGGAGGGACUCGCUGCCCCUCUCCGUAUCCAGCGGGUCCACCACCGUCUCCACCCGCGGCGAGGACUCCUCCGCUAGAAAAGCCAGGGCCAAGAGCGCCAAGCAGCAGGUGGACAAGAGCGAACCUGCGGCAAGGUCCUCUACACCAACCGCGAAAAAGAAGAGCAACGCUGUCCCUGCAACGAAGACGGUUCCUGAAAAGAAGGCGUCAGUGGCUGGCCAGACAGGAGCAACGAAAAAGGAGAAGAAAACAAAGAUCUCGCUUGCGAAAGACAAGGGGUCAGGAACGAAAAAGAUAGCUGCCAAGAAAGAAGCGGACGAUUUGAAAGCGAAGCAAUCUACAACUAGCCCUCCUCGGGUACCGGAAACCGCGGACUCUGCAUCUUCGGAAGUCUCUGCGGCUACUGGAAACUCCGGGGAAACUGCUAACGUCAAGGCAGCUGAGGUGGUCGGCCAGCCAGUCAGCAAUUCUCCCGAAUCGUCACAGCUUCCCGACUCGGACAAGACAAAUGCCAAUGCUGCUUCGGCCCGACUUCAAGGUUCGGAAGCAAUAGAAAACGCGCCUAAACCAGUUGUGGCAGAGGACGCAUCAACGACGCGUCCCAAAUUGACCCAGAGUGACACCAUACAAGAUUCAACCGACCGGCCACCCUUGACACAACAUGACACCAUACAGGAUUCAACUGAGCGACCACCUCUGACACAGCAUGACACAAUACAGGAGUCCACCGACCGGCCUCCGCUGACACAACAUGAUACCAUCCAGGACUCCACUGAGCGGCCCCCGCUGACCGAGCAGGAGACACUAGAGGACACGUCGGUACUGCGACCGCCCCUGGUGCAGCACCCGACGAUCGAGGACUGUCCCGAGCGACCUCCGCUGACGCAGCAGGAGACCGUCGAUGUUCCUGCACCGACUCCUGCUCCGGCAGACCCUACUGUGGCAGCGGAGUCUUCUACCACCUCCGACUCCCCGGCGGUCACCAGCCCUCCAGCCGAGCAGCCAGCAUCACCGGCAGUCGAAGAGGCGGCUGUGAAGGAGGCCGCUCUGCCCCAGGUCACCCUAUCGCCCUCGAAGACGGCGAUUCCGACAUCGCCUUCGACGUCGGCGGUGCCUACGUCUCCGUCUGCGGCGGUGUCGGACGUCAGCUCGCGGCGCAGCAGUAUGGACCUGCUGGACGGCCCGCCGCGGCUGAGACGGAGCAUCAGCGGCCACGGAGAGGCGGCCGGCACGCCGCGGCCCGACGCCGUCCUCGAGGUCAUGUCGCAAGUGCACGCCGACUCGGAGGCACGGCUGGCUGCGCGGCGCCAGGCCCGCGCCGAGGCUCGGGAGAUUCGUAUGCGCGAACUGGAGCGGCAGCAGCGCGAGGCAGAACAGAAUGGCGAGAAGCUCGACGACUUCUCAGAUGUGUCUCCACGGCCCGCGCUGUCGGUCGCCUCCGCCCGAGCCCCGCGCGGACCCAGCGCCGCCUCCAGUGGUCGGAGGGCCAGCGAGGAUUCGGCAGAGGACGGCACCUCCACGCCCUCCGGCAGCUUCCACCUGCGAGACGUGCGGCAUGAGCUGCGUGAGCUGGAGGAGAAGCUGCGGAAGACGAUGGUGACGUCUGCGCAGCUGGACAACGACAAGUCGACGCUGAGCUACCAGGUGGAGCUGCUCAAGGACAAGCUGGAGGAGAUGCAGGAGUCCCAUACACAGCUGCAGCGGGAGCACCGAACACGAUGUAGCGAACACGAACAGCUAAAACGGGUAUCGAAUAGGCUAAAGGAGGAUUACGAAUGCUGUAAAAAGCUACUAGAAGAACGAGACAAACUUAUUGCGGAGAACGGCCUGGUGCUGGUGGGCGACGAGGAGGACUCGGAGUCAGAGUCGUCUCCGGACACACAGCGGCCGCAGAAGGCGCUCGUCUCACAGAACGCCGCCCAGCUGCUCGAAAAGGCCGGCGGCGGCACACUCGACAGCCGGCUGCGGCGGCUGGGUGAGGAGAAGAACGAGCUGGAGGACCAGCUGCGCCGACUGAAACUGGAGCUCGAGGAGGAGCGGCACAUGAGCGCCCGCGCGCGCAUCUCGGGCUCCGGCGGCGGCGCCGAGUCUGACCAGGUGCAGCGCGAGGUGGCCCGACAGGUGGGCGAGUACCGGUUCAAGCUGCAGAAGGCCGACCAGGACAUCACCAACCUGCAGACGGCGGUUCAGCGGCUAGAGAAUCAGGUGGCGCGGUACAAGGCGGCCGCCGAGACGGCCGAGAAGGCAGAGGAGGAGCUCAAAGGGGAGAAGCGCAAACUGCAGAGAGAGUUACCUAUAACUGAUGAGGGGCUGGUGGGACCGCACGAAUGCUCCGGGAAUCAAUAACUCGAGUGGACGAGCUGGAAACCACCAACAGCCACCUCCAGAAGCGGCUAGACAAGCUGAAAAACGCGCGAUCAGCGCUGCUCAAAGACCUCUCGACCGAGUGACGAGUGACCCAGUGACAGUGACGCCGCCAGUGACUUGUGCAGUGAUAGCGGGCGGCCAGGGACUCCGCGCCGAGCCGCUGCCCCGCGCGCCGCACAGACACCGAACGGGCGACCGGCGGACUGUGCGCCACGCCCGGUGCGCCCCCUGGCGUCUCGUGGUGCGUCCUGCAGUGCGGCUAUCGGCGCGUUCGGGCGCCGGCGCCGCGACCCGGUGAGGCCGACAGGGGACCUCCGUCCGGCCGCCGUGCCGCCGCUGCCGCGCCGACCAGUGCCAAAGUGAGGACCGUGCCCGUUCCGGCCCGGCCCGGUCCGGUCUGAGUCCGACCCUGGUGCGAGCCACCCGCCUGUCCUCGCUGCGCGCUUGUUGAUAUUGCCUGAGCUUUAACAAGUGCUCAAAGCAAACCCUGCAGUUCUUAUUCACCCUCGCGGUGAAAUGGUCAUAUGUUGUUCUGAUCAAAUCAUGUAAAUUGUUGAACUUCAAUGUCUUCGUUGUCCGUUACUUUUGCUACACUUUGCUGUUAGUUUCUGUCUCAUUCUUCGGGGCCGAUUCUGUGAUCGCAACCAGGGAUGAAUUGCUCCUUUCAUUACAAGUGCCUUCUGGCAUAACUAUGCGUAUUUUCUUCUGACUCUGUCCCUCCUGAACUGUACAUCAGAUUGGCUGGCGUUGGUCGGAUGAUGAGUGAUUUUAACGAGAGGCAGCUUCGUUUUAGCUGCGGUCGCCGCCGGCACUGCGGUCUAGGUCGGGGCGAGAGCCGGCGACCUGGACUGACCGGCUCUGCUGAGGUGCGGGCCGGACGCUAGGCUUCGUCUCGCUGCCACUGUCUGUGAGGAGAGGCAUCGUGUAAUUUUUAUGAGGCGAGUGGUCUGCAGUGAGCCGAAUGCUGGCGUAUGCGUGCGUGAGCGUGCAUGAGUGCGCGCGUGUACGAAUGGCCCCUCCCAAUUUUGUUACGUAUUAGCUGAUUUAUACUGAGUAUUAAAUUUAGUAGUUGGUCGUACAUUCUGUUUAUUGUAAUAUAAGUAACAGAUGUGCGCAAA